AAGUGUAAGAUUAUUUUUGAAAAAAUGAUCAAAAGUGAAGAAUUUGUGGAUAAUAAUAAUCAUAGUCCUAGCCAUGGUCUGCACCAACCCCAUCACAUGGCACAUCAUCAUUCAAGCAUAUAUCGCGGUUUUGAGCCAGUAAUGUUUCCCGAUCAGGCAACAUUACUACGUAUGCAUCAAGAAUUGGAGUUGGCCGAUGAGAAGCCAGAUCUUAAUUAUCUUGAUCGAAAAUAUUAUACCACAAUGAUGAGUCAAGCACCACAAGUACAUGUCACAGAGUCAGCUACAGCAACAUACGGUUUGACAUCCUUAUCGAAUAUGUGUACACCAUCUGCAUCUUCAAGUCCUAUUUCUUGUGGUGUUUUACUCAAUCAUAGUAACAACAACAAUAAUAAUAAUAAUAAUUCAACUAAUUCCUCACCCAAUUCGACACCACACACACCGAUAGAAAAUGAUCUUCAACAGACAUCAUCGGUAAUUGCUACAAAAGUGGUCAACUUAUUACCACAAACCUCCAUGGGAACACAAUUGAAUCAUCAUUACGCGUCCACAAUCAAAUAUUGUUCCAGUAAUGCUGUGUUAAAUCCCACCACAGAUUACAUGAAUAGUCACGAACAGGAUCAGCUGGAACAAGUGCCUCCAAAUGUUAUUGCUCCUUCAACCGACAUGUUAGCGCAAUCCUUACAGCGCAUACAACAUGUGGGCAACACGUCAGCAUCAAGUGGAACUCCAACAGUUUGCACAAAUGUUAUCAUGAACGGCCAAUGUAUUUCGAAUCAAAUGAUUUCAAGUCAUGACAACAAUUCAUUCUCCAAAAGUUCUUCGCCUGCAAAUUCAGUAAAGAGUGGUCAAAGUGAUCGUUCACAAAACAAGCAACGUCAACAGCAACAAAAGCAACAAUCGCCUUUAACGCAGGAUAUAGCUUCACCGGAUACAACAAAGAAAGCCGGUACUCGUCGUCCAGAAAAGCCAGCGCUUAGCUACAUCAACAUGAUUGCAAUGGCAAUCAAGGAGUCUCGCAACGGCAAAUUAACACUCAGUGAGAUUUAUAGUUACUUGCAGAAAAGAUUUGAAUUUUUUCGUGGCCCAUAUAUUGGUUGGAAGAAUUCUGUGCGUCAUAAUCUAAGCUUAAAUGAAUGCUUCAAGAAGUUGCCAAAAGAUAUGGGCGUCGGAAAACCGGGCAAAGGCAACUAUUGGACUAUUGAACAAAAUUCCGCUUACAUGUUUGAAGAUGAGGGCAGCCUACGACGACGUCCACGUGGCUAUCGUUCGAAAGUUAAAGUGAAAUCCUAUACAUCAGUAAAUGGGUUUUAUACUGCAGCGGCUUAUGAUCCAAAUCUGGACAGUGGAAAUUUUUAUGCUACGCAGCCGUAUGGCUCUUAUGAUUACAGCACAGGCAAUGGUGCCGGUACAGGUUUUGUAGAUGCUUGGAACUCACAUGCUGCACACACUCCAACUGCUUUACCUCAAUAUUCAAAUAUAGCUGCAGCAAGCUCAAGUCUACAAAAUAAUUGCACCACACCACCAUUAGCGCAUACAGUAGCUUCAUCCGCUUUGCCAACAGUGUCCUCAUCCUCUUCUGCCAUAUCACCGUCAUCAACUGCGUCAAGUGCAGCUGCGGUACUACAAAGCUCAAACAACAGCGGUGGCUUAGAUUAUGCUACUGCAUCCAUUGUGGCUGCUGGCUAUCCAUACAGCAGCAGCACCACUGGAGGCGCCUCUUACAACAUUGACAACGGUCUGCGCUCUAUGUCACACUCACAGAUAUCUUCGUUGUCCGGAAUGCAGCAGCAUCAGCACUCAUCCCUCACACCACCAUCCUCAUCAGUUGGCAGUUCUCUCAUCGAUCGCAAGCCACCAAUUUACUUACCCCCGAUGCAUCUAGCACAGCAAUUAAACAAUACUGGUAGCAGCAGUAGUGGACCCUAUGCUUAUGAGCACAUCAAAUACUCGAACUAGGCUGCAGCCAUGAUUUUCAUUAUUUAUAAUUUGAUUUGUUUUUGUAGUUAUCGGAAUAUUUUUAGUUUAAAGUUAAAUAAUGUGGCUAUAGAAUUACACAUUUAGGUGUGUAAAUGCAAAAAUAUUGUAUGUGCAUUUUAAUAGAGAUUUAUAAAACCUCGAAAAUGCUAAAUAUACACGCCAAACUGGAUUACAAGAUCCGCAAAUAUAUUUUUAGAAUGAUUUGGUCACUAUAAGAUAUUGUUUGUUAUAUCCGUAAUGAAAUAUUUUUUAUUAUUUAUA